AUGAUCCCGGAAGCUCAGAGGUGGCCUUUGAUGGCCACAGGCCCUUCGAAUAGGUGGUCAACACCUUCUCGGAACAUUGUCCUGAUAGGCGACGCGGCUUACUCCAUGCUGAUCCAUUUGACGCAAGGAACGGCGACUUCAAUGGAAGAUGGAAUAUUUCUUGCGAAGACCAUUGGUGAAGCGUACGUGCGAUCUCCCAACCUUUAUGGUGAUACCGCAGCCGUUCUAGAAGUCUAUGGGUUCGAAGCCGAGGAGCAUGUCCGGAUAGCAAUAGCCAAAUUUCUCCAGCAGCGUGAGCCAGCUGAUCCCCAAACAGGGGUCACGAAGCCACUAGAAGAUAAGUACAUGAACUGGUUUCGGCCAACGCGGGAGAAGGCGCGAUUGUAG